AUGGGGUGGCUUUUAAUAGCCGUCCCGCUGUUGCUUUCUGUUUUGGGGGCGGCCGAGGCUCAGAGGCAGCAAGCAUGGACGAGCGGCAAUUUCCCGAACCCUUUCCAGGGCUCCAGGGAAUGCGGAAUGCUAUCAGCUUCGAACAUUUGCGAUGCCGAUCAAAUAUUUUCGCAACAAGCGCGGUAUCGUCUCAACAACAAACUACAAACACUGGAGGCAAAAACCAGACAGCCUCGUGCUCAAACUUUUUGCGAUAGAAAGGGAAUCACGGCUGCAAUGGCCGUCGUGAAGAACAUUCAAGGCGGUAGCCAGGAGGAUGUCACCCGGUUUGCAAACGAUUUGCGGCAACGUUGGAAUCUGGACGCGCAGUGUCAGAAAGAUAUCGUGAUUGUGUUCUCACGGGACGACCGUAAAUUCUGGACGGCCCGUGGAGACAAGGUGCCGCUGCAUAAGGAUCGAUUUACCGAACUGUUCAAUGAACAGAAACAAUCAUUCCAAAGCAAUCAGUAUGCUGCUGGAUUAGAGCAUUUUCUGGACGGAACCAUGCAAUCUACUUUGGCACUACAAGGCACUCCGGAAUAUAGGGAUGACGGACGGGGAGGGCAGGGAGGUGGUGGAUUCCCUAGCGGAGGCGGCGGCCAAGGUGGAGGAGGCUUCCCAUCCGGUGGAGGUGGCGGCAAGCAGGGCCCUGGCAUGCAAAUCCCGAGCUUCGUGAAAUCGAAGAUGUUCUGGAUUCUGCUGGUCUGCGUGGUGAUCCCGUUGCUGUUGUGUUGCUGCUGCGUGUAUUGUUGUUGCUGCAGGGGGAAGGGAGGAGCAGCCGGCGGUGAUGGAGGAAUGGGAGGUGGCGGCGGAAUGGGAGGCGGAGGCGGUGGCGGAGGAGGAGCCCGGAACUUCUUGAGCUCACUUGGCGGUGCAGGUAUUGGGUCGAUGAUCAGCAACUUCUUGUCGAACCGUGGCCGAGGAGGCGGUGGCGGUGGCGGCGGAAGCUUCCCGAUGGGCGGAGGCGGAGGCGGCAAUUUCCAGGGUGGCGGAGGAGCACCAGGUGGAGCUUACCCUGCUGGUGCGCCCCAAUAUCUUGAUGACAAUCAUGGAGAAGGCGGAAAAGGCCUCUACCCCUCAAAAGCUCAUAAAGACGAGGGUGGCGGUGGAUCGUGG